AUGGUCCAAGUAACAGGAACGCGGCCCAAAUCCCGGUUUAGGCCCAGAGCCCUCGAGACAGUCGCCGAACCAUCCACGAUGUUGUUAUCGCACGGGGACAGGCCCGCAUGCUCCUCGUCGCAGCCGUUGACCGAGUCGUACUGGUCAACCACCCUCGCGAACACGCUCCGCCCGUUCUCCGCCGUGAUCUUGAUUCGCUUACCGCGCAUUGACCGUCCGUCGUGCAAUCCGGUCGACAGCGCCACCACCGCCUCGCUGUUGUCGUGGAAGCUCUCGUCGCUGUUGGGACUAAUUAAUUCUUGA